UGUAUGGCAGUGGGAAUGUGAGAAAUAUAGACUCUCACUUCAAGCGACAGUAGCGGCAGCACCAGCAGCAGCUUGUGAAUGGUCCCCGCCUCUCCGGGGAGUUUCCUCCACGGGGAACUUUUACUUUAUGUGCAGCACCUGUUGUGUCGCCAGUCGGCCGUCUGCGCUCGCCAAACACUCGGAGCCACCUCAAGACACUCAUUUCCUUCAGAAAGUUGGACGCGCAACGCUGCAAGUACCAUUUUAUAGUCGGUCGCUAUGUGUUGCGUUACUUGAAUGGACUAUCUGUGGUUGCAAGGGAAAGUCGGACACUCUGCAAACAGACAAACGCAUGUUUCUCGUCUCAGCAGAUCUUAAUUUACAGCCAGUACACGUUUCAAACUGUCCUCUUAAACACUAGUUUUUAGGCGAACAGGUGUGAAAGUUAACAGCAAUUAUUAACUUUGCGCAGAUGUUCCUCGGGAAACUUUCAACAGAGAAGUUUUCACAGUAGAAACUCUGGGCGAUCAGGAUUAUGUGGACUUUACUUUACGCGUGCCUGUGUCCAAAGUUGGAUACGCGUCUCACGAACAAUAUUUCUGCAUGCAUGAGUCGGUGGCGGAAUCGAGUCACAUCAGUAAGAUUCACCACGCCAACACGAAAGAGCAGAAUGCACCCAAAAUCACAGAUGGGAUUACAAAGAGCCCUGCAGCCAUUCCACAAGAGAACCAGCACAGCUGUAGUAGAAAAGAAGCCUUUAAGAGAAGAUGUCUUGUGUCUGAGUCUUGUGUUGGGCCAGCUACAGAUGUGCCUGUUCAUGUGUUUCAGAGAAGGAGUGCAUGAUUCUCAACACGAAAAGAUCCUCAGUGUCACUGGGGAUGGAAUUAUUCAAAGUCCUGACUUCCCCAACACUUAUCCCCGGAAUACAGUUAUAGUGUGGCGGCUGGUGGCAGUCACAGAAAGUUCCAGGAUCCAGCUGACCUUUGAUCCUCGCUUUGGCCUGGAGGACGCCGAGGACGGCAUUUGCAAGUAUGAUUAUGUGGAGGUGGAAGAGCCUGUCGGAGGUGUGGUCUUGGGGCGUUGGUGUGGCUCAGAGAUGGUUCCAGGGCCCCAGGUGUCCAAGGGGAACCAGAUCCUGAUCCGCUUCGCCUCCGAUGAAUAUUUUCCCUCGGACCCAGGAUUCUGCAUCCACUACUCUUUGCUUCAGCAGAGGCAGUCGGAGCCUGAGGCCCCUGCAGUGAUGCCUGCAUGGAUGCAGAGUGUGGAUGUUCUGAGUGAAGCUGUAGCUGGAUUCAGCACGAUGGAGGAAGUAAUGAAAUACCUGGAGCCGGAACGCUGGCAGGUGGACAUGGAGGACCUCUACAAGCCUACCUGGCAGGUGGUGGGCAAAUCAUUCUUCCACCAAAAGAAAUCCAGAGGAGUGGUGGACCUGAACCUGCUUCGUGAGGAGGUACGGCUUUACAGUUGCACUCCACGGAACUUUUCUGUCUCAUUGCGUGAGGAGCUGAAAAGGACGGACGCCAUCUUCUGGCCCAGCUGCCUGCUGGUGAAGCGCUGUGGAGGGAACUGUGCAUGCUGCUCUCACAACUGCUAUGAUUGCCAGUGCUCGCCCACCAAAGUGGCCAAAAAAUACCAUGAGGUUCUGAUGCUGAAACACAGGGCAGGGGGUCGGGGGCUGCAAAAGACUCUAACGGAUGUCCACCUGGAGCACCACGAGGAGUGUAGCUGUGUGUGUAAAAAUGACUCAGACUAGAGCACUCCAAGGGAGAGGAACACUGGCCCCCAACAGACUCAACCAGGGAAACAGUUCUUGCUUCAUGCAUAAAUGAGCAAAAGAGAUUUUACUCUGACAUUGCAAACUAAUGAAACCCAGCGCUGGAUAUCUUUUUUAUCUUGACUUAUCUAAGCCAUUCGUUCCAUUCGGUUUGGGGCUCACAAAUCCAUACAGAAUUGACCCAUGCAGAAGUUUCCAUUGGCCCCGUGAUAGCAUGGAUUGUCAGGAGGAAAAUUGGACAUGGUCUUGCUUCUCUGUGUGUAUGUGGAGGUUUGCAAACAAUGUAUGUACAUUCAUGAAUCUUUUUCUGUGUGUGAAUGAAUAUAUAGAGCUCUUCAGGAAAUUAGGUAUUCCAGGAUAACUAGAGAGCCUGACGGGAGUUUGCUAUUACUUGUGGAACAAGUGGAUUUGACACGUUCUUUUAUAUAAUUUUUCUCUUUGCUUUUUGUUUGCAACUUAAAAAUAUCAAAGGACAUUGACAAUACAUCAGCUUUCAGCAAUCCAAGGACAAUUUUGAGGUGGCAUGGAAAUGAAUUUUACUGUCAAUUACACACCACAUUUUCAUUAAUAAUUCAGAAAGAAUAUUCCAGGAAAGAUAAGGAUGUCUCUCUUUUUUUAAACCAGAGCUGAGUGAUCAUGCAUCUUCUGCUCCUUUGCUGUGUACUAUAGACUCUUAAGAAUGACUCCAUUCAAGAAAGAACACUAAAAUACAAUAGUGAAUCUUGUGUAAAUUAUAUUUCAAAUUGUGAUUUGUUAGCUUUUCCUAUGUCAUGACAGUUUUUGGUACCAAAAUUGUGGGCAUGUAAGAAUCAUUUUACCCCUUUCAUAAUCACUGUAGUAUUUUCAGUAUUAGUCACUCUUUUUGUAGAGACAUUUAUACUUUUGUGUUGUUUGAAUAGUUGUUUUAAUUGCAUAAUAAGAUUAUUUUGACUGGAGACAAAGUGAAAACUGUUAGAUGUUCAUGUAAAUAAACUUUAGAAGUUAAAGGGACAUAGAACUGCCAGUACCAUAUUCCUCUACCAUUAAACGAUUGACUAAA